CAAUUUACUUACGUGUGCAAUAAUUAAUUGCGUGACGUCAUUACGACCGUGCGCCAAACUACAAAGUUGGCCAGCUCGAAUUUUGACCCGAAAGGGAAGACUUGCAACACUCUACGGACCAGUGUACGGUGAAACGAUAUAUUGUCUGCAGAUCGAGACACGCCUCGCAGCCUGCAUUUCCCUCCUGGCCGCUGCACUGCCGACGUCACCAAAUCCGCACUUUACUUGGCUUCCAGGAACCCAGCAGGAUGGCAACCAGCAGCCUCGUUCGGGCGCCCCCUACCAGCAGCAGCAAUCCGAGUAAUAAAGCUCGUCAUGUGAAGCGCUCUCACUCGCUGUUGAUGCACAGCAAACCGCCGCCCGUUGGAAAAGAGCGCGCGUCGUCGUUGAAACGAGAACAGUCGCUGAAGGGACCUCGAGAUCACUACACUUUGCAUCUGCGAUCGCCGAUCGACAUGUUCCGCGGAGGUCAGAGACGCACGAAGAAGCGCGGAAAGCCAGUGGAAGACUCGACCUACGAGCGCCCGUCCAGCCCGCUGCUCGGGUUCGACAGCCCCCUGCAGACCCGGCGUGGCCGAAUGGUGCACGCCAAGUCGUGUGACAUGACUCCGCUGAGGCUCCGUCUCAACAGCGUGCAGACGGAGCCCGACGCACAGAGCAACAGCUCCGACGAGUCGUGGAACGUGGCCGCAGUGGAGCUCGGGCACGAGACCCCGUCUUCUUGUCAGAUUGCUCAGCUCAACAGCUCACCAACCUCCACUCGGCGAGGAAAAGUGUGGACCCUGGAUCGCUACACAUCUCAUCUCUCUCCCUCCUACAACACGGACUCUUCUACCACCACCAGCAGAUCUCAAAGCCCAGCGUACCCCUCCUCCCUCUCCGGCCGACCGACCCCUGACAUUCCCUUCACUCCCCUCAUACCCGACAUCUCCGUGUUGGUGGCCACACCCCCUGACAGCAGCCCGAAUCUGAGGCUCCAACUGUUGCGUAACAAACGCAUCUGUCACUCCACCUCAGCUCUCUACUGUAACACCUCCCAAGCCACCGACAGGAGCGAGCAGAUUCUCCAGGAGCUGAUCAACACAGAGCGGCGCUACCUCUCAAACCUCGACACACUACUCAACACUCUCCUGCCGGCCAUGGAAGACUUUGUGUCCCCACGCGACCUCCGCCUCCUCUUCCCCUGCCAGCUGGAACCCCUCCUAGAGUGCCACAAGGGACUCCUCGGACAAUUCAAGGAUCGGAUUGUCUCGGAUUCAGAGAGCCAUGGCAUGGUUGGAGACAUAUUCCAGCAGCUGUGCUCCAGAGAAGCAGGGAAUUGCGAGUUCUUUGAGAUGUACAGCGCCUACAUGAAGGAGUUCAAGGUCGCCAUGAAGACCCUGGCCAAGUACGAGCAUUCCUCCCAGGCCUUUCGUCAGGAGCUGCGCAGCCAGCAGGCCGAGUGUGACGGUCUGUCUCUCUCCGCAUUCCUCCUCACUCCUGUCCAGAGACUCCCGCGAUACGAGCUCCUCCUCAAGGAUCUACUGAAGCAGGCUCUGGACAACAGAGACAGUCCUUACCUGAAGGAGGCAAUUGACCUUCUUCACGAGGAGCUCAUCAGAUUGAACUCGUCGAUCAAGUCGUGCGAGCUGGCCUGCUCAGUGGCAAGGAUCCGCAACAACGGUCGGAGGUCAGGGUCCAUUCGCAGACUCAGCACUCGCGGGAGGCUGGCCGGGAAGCAGCUGGCCAAGCAGCUCAUGAAGCACCUGUCGGCUGUGAGUGUGGAAGACCUCAGUGGAGGUGAACCAAGGCCCGUCAACUCUGAGAUGCAGCGACCCAUCUCAGCCACCAAGAAGACAAUGUCGGUGAGCGAGAUUCGAGUGAGGAAGAGGAGAGGGCUGUACACGUCGGCAGAGAACCUCCCCGGUGCGGGCCAGCGGGUGGGGGAGGGCUCCGGCGGGCUCCGGCGGCCAAUGAGCUCCAUGGAGCGGACGUCCAGCUGCAUCGACCUGGUGACAGAUUACGACAAGUUCCCGGAGAAGAAGAGAUUCUCCCAGCCUGUCUGGCUCAUGGAGAAGAUUGAGAGCCUGCCCAACAGCCCAGAACCCAGCAGUCCCUGUUCCAUUCUGCCAAGGUCUGAGACCGAGGACGGUGCUGUUCCGUCCGCAUCCCGUGCCUCCAUCUGCUCUGUUGCCUCCUCCACCUCAGGUGAGAACUCAGGAAUAGGGUCUUCAAAUUCUCAAGUGGAACUGGAUUCGACACUGACCCUCACACCGUCCCGACCCUCCUCUCCCUUCACUCCCCAACCCUCUCCCUCCCCAGAGGAUCACGACUCCCCACUCUCCCUCGAGAGCACACCCACCAAUCCCCCAACUCCCACACACACCACUGUCGCCAUGCCAACCCAGCCACAAGCUGCCUCGGCAGCUACGAUGCCCCAUCGACCAAUCAUCGUACCCCGCAGAACUGGGCCGAGGGAUCCGUCGUCAGCUCAGAGGAAGUGGAGGAAAAGAAUAUCGUGGGCUGGGAACUUUGUCAUGCCUCGCAUCAUCAAAAAGAAAGCUAGUGUCCCAGAUCUGGCCACCACCAGCAGCAAGAUGACUGGCAAUGACAUUAGCCUCCCGAUCAACUUCCGCCACAUCCAACAUGGCUUCAACACUACUGCCUCCACUCCCUCCCUCACACCCUCACCCAGCAGCUAGGCCACACCCACUGGUUGACAGUCAAAACUGUAAUCCUCAUAUUUUUCAUUGAAUGAUGCACUAUUCUCUUUUUUCGCACAUUUUGAAUCCUGUCUCAUUAUUUCAUGUUCCAACGGUAUUUAUUGUCGUUAAUUUUGCCACAUGUAAAUUCAGAUUAUUAUGAAAAAUUGAAAGCGAAAGAAGAAUAUA